AUGCCAAAGCACCUUGUAUCUCUUGGACUUUUUAUCUUGGACGAGUUUGACUUCUUGGAUGCAACAGGGAAGCCUACAGGGAAAAUAAUUCCUGUUCAAAUCGGAGGCGGCACUUACACGGCUAUCGGCGCCCGUAUAUGGCUACCUGCUUCAAAAAUUGGCCAGAUUGUAGACCGUGGAUUCGACUUUCCGCCCACAGUCCAGCAGGAGUUGAAUCACUAUGGCUUAGAUAUGUGGCACUUUCGUGACCAGCCCAAUAACAAAACAACUAGAGCGGUAAAUCGAUAUACGGGAGAUACAAGAGAAUUCAUAUAUCUUACUCCUCGGAUCCGACUCACGCCCAAGGAUUUAAUCGGAACGCCACUUGAAUCACCCAGCCAGAUUCACUUUGUCUGCUCGCCAGCUCGGGCGUCUCAGAUAAUGCGGGAUGUAGAUCAAUACGGCAUAGAGGGCUGGAAGCCGUUUACGAUCUACGAGCCGAUUCCCGCCUCAUGCAUCCCCGAAGAGCUACCAUCAUUGAGAAAGAUUCUUCAUCAAAUAGAUAUCCUCAGCCCAAAUGCAGAGGAAGCAUUAGGAUUCCUUUCUAUUAACAAGUCUGGAAUCAAUGAUCCAGGAGUAAUUGAGCUCGCAGCAGCUCGGUUCUUGUCUUUUGGAAUUAGUAGAGAUGCUUCCGGCUAUGUGGUUAUUCGUUGUGGUGCCAUGGGUGCAUAUGGCGCCACAUUAGAAGCGGGGACAGUCAAGGGCUGGUGGACACCGGCGUAUUGGACUCCUGAAGACAAAGAUGCGGUGGUAGAUGUUACUGGUGCUGGGAAUGCAUUUUUGGGAGGACUCUCAGCGGGGCUUUAUUUGACGAAUGGGGACGUUCGCGAAGCCAUGCUUUACGCAACGAUAUCCGCUGGAUAUACUAUACAGCAGGUCGGUCUCCCCCGUGUCGAAUACAGAGCUCCAGAGGGAGAAGAAUUCUGGAACAGAGAUAGUCCGAAAGAGAGACUUGCACUCCUCAAGCAUAGGUCUGCGUAG